CUCUACCUAGCCCCGCCCCAUCAUAGAGGCACCGUGACAAGCAGGCUGGAUUCGCCUUGUGGGGGCGGCGCAUGCGUGAGGGGAACGGUCCCUUUCUCGCUUCCCUCCUCCUCCUCCCAUCUCUUCUGUCACCUUCUGUCAGUUGGUUACCACCGCGAUAGUAAACGGGAGCCGAGCCGGCUGGACUCCCUGCCGUUUUUCUUCACAACUAGCCCGGGCAAAGAAGUUCCCCAUUGCUCACGGGGUCUUUCCGUAACCCCUUCACCUCUCCUCCAUCGCCAAUGCUAUGGACUCGCCUCCGAUGCUGCACCCGGUGAAGCUCUACGUUUACGACCUUUCCAAGGGCAUGGCUCGGCGCCUCAGCCCUAUCAUGCUCGGUAAGCAGCUGGAUGGCAUCUGGCAUACUGCCAUAGUUGUCCACAGGGAUGAGUUCUUCUAUGGUAGUGGAGGGAUCUCCAGUUGUCCACCUGGUGGGACUCUCCUUGGGCCCCCAGAUUCUAUUGUAGACCUGGGAUGCACAGAAGUUUCAGAAGAGCUCUUCUUGGAAUACUUGUCCUCAUUGGGGGAAUCUAUAUUCCGAGGAGAGUCUUAUAAUCUUUUUGACCAUAACUGCAAUACAUUCAGUAAUGAAGUGGCACAAUUCUUGACAGGAAGGAAAAUCCCUUCCUACAUCACUGACCUUCCUUCUGAAGUCCUUGCCACACCAUUUGGACAAGCUCUGCGGCCUCUCCUCGACUCUGUUCAGAUCCAGCCACCUGGAGGAAAUAACUUUAGCAGGCACAAUGGACAGAGCUAGCAGACGUGGUGGAAAGUGCCUCAGUUCACCAGGGCAUUUCCUUUUUAACCUCCAUUGUACCAGAUUCCUGUCUUAUAAUUUCAUGCCAGCAUUAACAGCAAAAUAAUGCACCAGAUUUUCCAGAGAAUUUACUGGAUUGCAUGUGACAUGAUGCUAACAAAAAAAGUGGUCAUAAAAUCAAAUAGCGUAUUUACUUACUAAAGUUGUUUUUGUCUUGGUUCUCUUUGGAUGCUUUUUAAAUAUUCCCUGCUGAGAAAGUGGAGAUUAGGAAUCACAUUGCACAAUUUAGAGUAACAUGGGUGGCACUGAGUAUGCUAGUCUUAGCCAUUCCUUACCAGACUUGCUUAUUUUCAUAACCCUUGUUACAAUGUACUUGUGGCAGACGUAACCCCAAAGGUGUAAGUCUUGCAUCACUGAAGUUCCUAAUACUAAUUCAAUGUUAAGCUUGAAUAUUCUUUUGUAGGAGGAGGGAGAAAACUAAAAACAUUCACUGUGAAAUAAUUUCUGUCUUGAAUGAAUAAUAUAGGUUAAUUUCUCAAUGGCAGUAAUCUAUGAUAAAUGAUGGGAUGGAUUUCUAAUUCUGGGUAUCAGUGACUGCAAAAAGGACCACAAGCAGUCUUGCAAUACCUGAACUAGACUGGAGACAGGGCAAAUCAUCUUUAUCCCUAUGUGAAGAAAAAUUGAGAUCUUACCACCUCAGCAGUCUCUCCAUGUUGUAAAGACAAGUAUAAAAAUAUGUCUACUUGGGUACAUACCUUCUAUCACAAUUAUUUCCUUAAGAAAGUAAGACAUAGGUAAUUGCAUUUGAAGUGGAAGAUAGGAUGCUGGUUGCUAGGUAAUAACCGCCCUGCAAUGAAGUUCAAAAUCAAUAUUAAUGUCUACCAUUUAAGGAAGAGGAAGUUUGGCCCUCAAGCUGGACAUGACUUUCAGAACGUGUUUGAAAAAUAUCUGCUUGGACUGAUCAUGUUGUGUUUGUUUAGUGGUGGGGAAUUUCAUCCAUACCAUGGUCCCAGUCAGAGCUUGGAAAAGUUACUUUUUUGAACUGCAGUUUCCAUCAGCCCCAGCUAGCAUGGCCACUGGAUUGGGCUGAUGGGAGUUGUAGUUCAAAAAAGUAACUUUUCCAAGCUCUGGUCCCAGUCUGGAUCAGGGACCCCUACAGCUGCGUUUUGUAAACAAAGAGACAUGGCCAGUCUAAACCCAUUUUUGAACCACUUGCUUAAAAGUUGCAUCUAGUCCAAAAAGUUGUGUCUUCCAGAUUUUUUGAAGAUGAUAUUUAAUGGGUCAGCUAUUGAGGGACAGGAACAAAAGGAUAAUGCUUUCCUAUUCUCUCUAGUGAGCAUGUUCAAAGAAGCAUUGGGGCAAUGGUUUCUACCAUUUGAUAAUGCCCUGCCUCUGCCUAACAAAGGCCUUGCCUCCAAACUCAGCCUGGUCUACUGUACGGGAUAUAAAUUCAAUCAACUUGGAGAUCUUAUCAGAUCCUACAAGAGCUAUGCCUUUUUUCUUUGAUAGGCUGUUUUUUUUCUUUUCAUAACUAAUGUUUCCAAAAGAUGCACGGUGAAAACUUGUCCGUUCCUGCUCAUACUUGGCAGGAAGUCAGGAAAAUCUGUUCAUGCUCAGAAGUAAUAUUCCCAUUUACCUUAUAACAUAGCAGCAUCACAUAAUUUGUUAAUCUAAAAUAUGACCCUAGAAAAGUAGCUAGAUUACAGUUUGAAGGAGAUGCUCUCAUCACUUUAGGUCUGAGGCAGCAGGAAAGGACAGAGCUCUUGCCCUAUGUCUGCCCUCUUCUCUUUCCUGCUCUGGUAUAAAACUGGAGCUAUCCUUGCAAUAGCAGGCAGGAAAGGAAGAGUUGAAAAGAAUGGUGAAGGAAUUUGGAUAGGAAGUACAAUAGCUGUAUCCUCUUGUGUUGCCUCAGAUCCUUUGAACAGAGUCUCCAUACUAAUCUGGCAAUCCCAUGUUUUCCACUGUGGUGGCAUAUUAAACCUGUUUUGAUUGCCAUUUCAGUGUAACAAUCAGGGUAACCGUGAAUCUGGUCCUGAACAUUCUUUCAGUAUAUUGUCUUCUGCUUGUAGAAAUGCAUCUGUAUCCUCUCUUUUGUUGCAGUCAGUGAGGGUUUGUGGUAGAGAAGGUCUAGAAACCUUUAAAAAUUCAUCCUAGCAAAGUUUGCAGAAGCACUGAAUUAACUGUCUUCUGUAAUGUUCUUUCCUUCCAUUCCUACAGCCACAUCCAAAGUAUAUUUAUUUCCUUGUUGGGGCCUCUGAGUUUCAUGGGAUAUACUAUGUAGUAAGCGUGUUUUAGGAUUGCUGCCUUAGAAAUGCCAACAGUUCAUUUUUACUUGUGUGUAUCAUAAGCAUUCCUUCUGUCUAUUUUUAUAUGCCUUUCUCCAGCUGAUUAGUGUGUCUGGCCAGGUGCAGUAGUGGAGAAAGUCCUGGAACUUACUUGACCACCCUUUUAAGCACUUUCCUUCUCACAACUUCAGGAAUGUGCAAUGUGAUUCUAUGCAUGUUUACUCAGAAGUAAGUCCCACUGAGUUCAGUGGGCCUUACUCCCAAGCAAGUGCAUGUAGGAUUGCAACCUUGGAUAUCUUCAGUGGGACUGAAGGGAGAUUAUGCCUCUUGCAUAAUGGAACCUGAUUUGUCCUCCCUGCUAUUUCCAGUAAAGAGAUGAGCCUGUUGCUCUUCAGUAAUGUUCAUGGGCUCUAUUUUCAAUUGUGUGCAAUAGCAAUUCAAGCCUCUGCAUCAAGGGAAGCCUUAGAAGAAGCUACAUUUGAAGACUGGCUCUCCAUUGUAGAACAUAAAUUACCUGAUUGUAUCUUCCACUCCUUACCAGUUAAUAUGAUUGAGUAUGGAUAUUCCAUAGUCAGUGCCCUGUUUUAAAAUGGUUAGGAAGGACAGCCAUGUACAUACCCAGCAUUCUAUUCAGUCCUGUGUAUUUAUGAAAAUAAAGAGACAUGUAUAUGUAUGUAAAUGGCUGACAAUGGGCAGGGGAACCUGAGCAGCUCUUGUAUGAGAGCGGAGGCUUGAUCCAAGUGAUGGAUCUGCCAUUUCUGGGGAUUCCAUUUUGCCAUUUUAUAACUAAAAUAAAUAAAGCCUUUGCCAGGAA